CAGAACAUCGAGUAGAUAAUUGGCUAACGGUUGAUUUGCAUCAGUUUCCAAAUAUCUCCUAGCCACUAAUUUAAAAAAUGAGUUGGUUAAUUUUAGUUGUCUGCGCUAGUAUUCUAUCUCUGUCAGCCGGACAGAGUCCUUUCCACGAAGGAAUUGCGGGCGGAAUGGAAUCCGGACACGGCGAUUCAACGAUGAGAGGCAGCGGCCCAUUCGUAACGACCACUACCGUGACAACGAUCCUCGACUUCAAUCCCGCGGGAAUGUCCAGGUCUAUGCGUUCACCCUCUUUCGCCAGUGAAAGGUCCCACUACUACGGCGAUAAGAAAUACGGAAGCUUCAGUCAAAAGGACGUCGAUGUCAUCGUCAACACUUGGAACACUCUGAAGAGACGUGGUGACUUCGCCCCCAAAGUUUUCAUUAGAUAUUUCAAAGCGAAACCAGAGUCCCAGAAAAUGUUUCCAGCCUUCGCCAACGUUCCCAUUACGGAGCUACCCACCAAUCACGAAUUCCUGAAUUCGGCCUAUACCUGCAUCACGAGUCUCAAUUACCUCAUUCCUUAUUUGAAGUUCGAUCACCCUGAAAGAUGCCCCGCUUUCCCCAAACACUUGAAGGACAAGUACAACGCCGUCGACCUUAAGAAAUUGGGAUCCAUCUGGAUGACAGCCAUGCAAGAGGAGAUGGGCAACGCCUUCACCAACGACGUGCGUGAUGUCUGGAAGAAAGCCGUCAUGGCCGUCAUUGAAUACGCCUCUAAAUAAGAUGACAAUUAAUGUGGUUAAAAACGGACUUAAUUCGACAAUAUUGCUAAUAUAGUGGAAAUAGAAAAUAUUAUUGACAUCAAUAAAAAAAGUAAAUCGAAACUAA